GAGACUCGAAGAUAUAUAAGGGGACGCGGGGGUUGGCCGCCCCUUUCCGCGCCCCGGAGCCGCCAUGGACACGAGCCGCGUGCAGCCCAUCAAGCUGGCCAGGGUCACCAAGGUGCUGGGCCGGACCGGCUCUCAGGGGCAGUGCACUCAGGUGCGUGUGGAGUUCAUGGACGACACGAGCCGCUCCAUCAUCCGCAACGUGAAGGGGCCGGUGCGCGAGGGCGACGUUCUCACCCUGCUGGAGUCGGAGCGCGAGGCCCGGCGGCUGCGCUGAGCUGGAGCCGCCCCCCUGCUGCCGAUCGGCCGUCGGGGAUGGAGCCUGGCGCAGCUCGUUCGGCCGUGGGCGCGCGUGGCGAGGAGCGCGGCGGCCGGGUCACUGCAAUAAAGGGUUUUUCCAGUAGCCCCUUGCCCGGGUUUCACUCAUCAAGCGCCACCCGACAACUCUGGUUUGUCUCACACCUGAGCACCUGCCGCUUUCCUCGGGUUCAGUAGCAACAUGGCUUGCUUGUUACUGGGGUUACACAUAGUGUCUGCAUUGUAAUAUCACUCUUAUUGCAUCUUUAUUGACCUGUCACGACAAAAGUAAUUCUGUUUUGAUUACAGUAGCUUUAAUCCUGACUUUCCUGGUAAACAGUUUUCUUUAUGUGGUAGUGAGGUGGCGUUGGAAACUUACUGGACCUCGGUGGAAUUAAAUCACAAGUUGAAAGUC